AUUUCUGAGCACACUGUCUUCACCAUGAGACAAUUUGCCAGUGGGUUGAGUGGGAAGAACGCUUUGGCGUCUUGAUGUUGUCAUUAUUAGUCGCUUUUACGUGAUUAAACCAGUGUUUUAGCGUUUUCAAGACAGAAUGGAUGAGAACAGUGGUGAUGAGCCACUGCCGAACGGCUCCAACUAUCACGUGCGGCGCCCGGAUGGCACAUGGCAUGCCGCACAGAUUAUCCAGUCGCGCCUCGUGGACUCCAGUACGUAUGAGUACUACAUCCACUAUGACGGGCUGAACAGGCGCCUGGAUCAGUGGGUGCAGCGUAACAGAAUUAACUGCACGCCACCGUCGGAAGCGGCGAAGAACCACAAGCCGGAAUCCACUUUCCUGGGCAAAUUCAAUAAGCUGGAUGUGCAGUCGCCGCUGGCGGAGGUCGUGGUGCCGGCGAACACGGGCGCGGCGACGGACAACGACAGAACAAUCACGAGGAACCAGAAGCGCCGUCACGACGAGAUCAACCAUGUGCAGAAGACGUACGAGGAGAUGGAUCCCACAACGGCGGCCCUGGAGAAGGAACACGAGGCCAUCACGAAGGUGAAGUACAUCGACAAGCUGCGGAUUGGACGGUAUGAGAUCGACACAUGGUACUUCUCGCCAUACCCAGAGGAAUAUGGGAAGGUGAGCAAGCUGUACGUGUGCGAAUACUGCCUCAUCUACAUGCGCUACGCCACGCAGUACAAGAGCCACAAGGAGAAGUGCAAGAAAAGACAGCCGCCGGGAGCGGAGAUCUACAGGAAGGGCACGAUUUCCAUAUUUGAAAUUGACGGGAAGGAUCACGUCCUGUAUUGUCAGACAUUGUGUCUGCUGGCGAAGCUGUUUCUCGACCACAAAACUCUGUACUUUGACGUUGAGCCCUUUUACUUCUACGUCCUCUGCGAGAUAGACCGGCAAGGGGCGCACAUUGUGGGGUAUUUCUCCAAGGAAAAGGAGUCACCGGAGAACAACAAUGUCGCGUGCAUUCUCAUCCUGCCGCCGUACCAGCGGAAAGGUUACGGGAAGCUCCUCAUCGCCUUCAGCUAUGAACUGUCGCGACGAGAGGGUGUCAUUGGGAGUCCGGAGAAGCCUCUGAGCGACCUGGGGAGACUCAGCUACCGCAGCUAUUGGGCCUACACACUGCUGGAGCUCAUGCGAGAGUGUCGCACCACCACACAGUCCGUGAAGGAGCUCAGUGAGUUGAGUGGCAUCACGCAGGAGGACAUCAUCGCCACGCUGCAGUCGAUGAAGAUGGUGAAGUACUGGAAGGGACAGCAUGUGGUGUGCGUGACACCCAAGACGGUCAACGAGCAUCUGCAGUUGCCGCAAUUCAAGAAGCCAAAACUCAUGGUGGAUCCGCUGUGUUUGCGUUGGAUUCCGCACAAGAGGAACACGCAGAAGAAGAAGAUUUAGGGCAGGAGAGAUGUUCAAUAAAGAGUGUUGCUAGGACAAAAGCUUUGUUUGGUUUCAAU